AUGGAUUUUGAAAGGAAUAGACUGGUUUUAUUGCCUUUUACCGUAAUGAUGGGCCUCUUACAAGUGUUAACCCCCUGCCACUGCCAAGAGUGGACUUGGCUGGCAGGUGACAAAAUAACUGACCAGUUAUCUACCCAAGACUAUCCUGGUGGGCGGAGUGGAUCCAGCGUUUGGAGUUUUAAUGGAACUGUGUGGAUGUUUGGAGGGAAUGGCUUCUCAGAUGUUGGCUCUGGACAAUCUCAUUUGCUGAACGAUGUUUGGAGUUUCCACAUUGGCACCAGACAGUUUAAACUGCACAAUCCCGGCACUUGGUCUUCGAGAUCAGAUCGCAUGCAGACAACAGGAGUACCCAGCGGGCGGCAACAUGCUGCCAUGUGUGGCCAGUCUGAUGAACUGUUUGUGUUUGGAGGCUUUGGUGAAAGUGGUAGCUCACUGGGAGAUUUGUGGAGCUACAACACCAGCAGUGGGGGUUGGGUAACGCUGGCUUCACAUGGACCAGCUGCUCGUAGUCAUUCUUCUGUGUGGUGCUAUGGGUCAUCCAUGUUUUUGUUUGGAGGCAGGAAUGACAGAGGAGAUGUUUUCUCUGAUAUGUGGAGGCUGAAUUUGUCCAGUCCGACAUGGGAACAGUUGCAUGAUGGGAAGGAUUCAAAGAAGGUAACAUGUAUGUCAUAUCCAGGUGGAAGGAAUCGUGCAACAACGUGGGUUAGUGGCAAUACUUUGUAUAUGUUUGGCGGAAGUACAGAUCCUGAAUUUUCAUAUGCUUUACAUCACACUGCGAGCCUGACCUCUGACCUGUGGAGGUAUCACCCAAAGAAUAAUACCUGGCAGUUUGUUAUUGAUGUCACAUCAGCAAAUCAGAAUUCAGGUCAUGACAUGGAUGAAGACACAACAUAUUCAAAUGUGCCAGGAGCUCGUGUAGGUGCAGCAUCCUGGACAGAUGUUAGUGGCAGCCUGUGGUUGUUUGGUGGACUAGGCAUUCAUCGCUCAGACUCCGAGCUGAACUCUAGCAGGCUUUUGUCUGACAUGUGGAGAUUUGAUCUUGAUGAUCAGAGCUGGGAGUACAUCGAUGGCAGCGAGUCUGCAGACGUGGCUGGAAGCUAUGGCCAACUUGGAAAGGCAGCUGAAACCAAUACACCUGGUGCCAGGACGGAGAUGAUGGCAUGGGCAGGUGGAGCUAAUCUGAUCUACAUAUUUGGAGGAUUGGGGCUUGAUGAGCAUUACUUUGGUGGCUUCAUGAAUGACUUAUGGAGUGUUGACAUCUCUUCUGCAAUCUCAAGAGAGUUCAUGAUAACUCCGGCAAUUUUGUUUUCUUUCUUCGGAGUGACCUCAUCAGUACUGGUGGCCAUUUUGGUACUGAGUUUAUACUCCAGACAGAAUAAACAGAAGCAAACUGUCAGACUGGAACUCCGACUCAUCCCUGAAUACAGCCGCCUGGAAAGUGAUGUUACUUAA